AUGUCCAUACCUCGAUCUUCAUUCAUUCGAUUUGGAAUCAUCGGGAUUGGUAUCACCAGUGGGUUUGUGACAUACUCUACAUUCGUCAUAUAUGAUAAGUAUGGGUUUGGGAUGGAAGGGAUAAUAUCGAAUGAUAUUCAUGCGAUAGAUACCAGUAUUCAUGAAUUAUUACCUAAUAAACAACUGGAGACUUAUAAAAUGGGAUUAUUUGAAGCAUCACAACAAGAAGAAAAGCAACAAUAUGACAAUUAUAGACGACAAUUGUUAAAUGGUUCACUAGGAGUGAUAUAUUAUGUUUAUUUCACUGUUGAGGAUUAUAUUCUUGAUCCAUUGAUUACAUUUACUCGAUUUCUUGAAUUAUCAGCGAUCUUCUUACCAGUAUUAAUAAGUUCUCCUAUAUGUUUCUUUGGAAGACGUAUACGAGAUAAGAAUCUGACAGAACGGAUUCGAUCAGGAGCUAAACUUUGGUUUGCAUAUUUAAGAUGGUCAGCUGAAAUGGCAGGAGCAUCAUUUAUAAAAUUAGGCCAAUGGGCAGCUUCAAGAACUGAUAUUUUUCCAAAAGCUAUGUGUGAUGAAUUAGGGUCGAUGCAUUCAAAUGCUAAACCUCAUUCCCUUUCACAAACUAAAAUAAUCAUUAGUGAAAGUUUUGGAAAUUUACCCUUUGAUGAAAUAUUUGAUGAAUUUAAUGAAACUCCUCUUGGUGUAGGAGCUAUUGCUCAAGUUUAUAUUGGGAAAUUAUCUCCUACUGCCAUUAAUCAAGCUCGAAGUGAGGAAAGGAAAAGCUUACAAUCUUUCGAUCAUGCGCAUGAACCAUUCUUAGAGAAGAUCUUGGUUACUGAACAGAAUGAUCCUUUAACUUCAAAUCAAUAUGUGGCGAUAAAAGUGUUACAUCCCAAAGUUGAAAUUAAGAUAAAUCGAGAUUUAAAAAUCAUGAAGUUCUUUGCUGAAUUCAUUAAUGUCAUCCCUACUAUGGAAUGGUUAUCAUUACCAGAAGAAGUUGAACAAUUCUCAGUAUUAAUGAGAUUACAAUUGGAUUUAAGAAUUGAAGCUAUGAAUUUAACUAAAUUCCGAUCUAAUUUUAAAAAUAGAUUAGAUAUUCAUUUCCCAAAACCAUAUUUAAACUUCACUACCAGGAAUAUCUUAGUAGAAGAGUUCAUUCAUGCUAUACCUAUGAGUAAAUUAUUAUCCUUGACUGAGAAUUUCGGUAAAAAUUUAUCAAAAGAAGUUAGUGAUAAAGGAUUAGAUGCAUUUUUAAAAAUGUUAAUUCUUGAUAAUUUUGUGCAUGCUGAUUUACAUCCUGGUAAUAUGAUGGUUCGAUUUUAUAAGAAUGAAUUAUUUAAACAUGAGAGAGAAUAUAAGAUUGUGAAAUCAUCGAAUGAAAUAGAAACCAAUCGAAUCACCAAUGAAUUAUUAAAAUUAGGGGAUGAUUCCGAAGCAUGGUGUACGAAAUUAUCGACAUUAUAUGAUGAAGGAUAUCAUGCUGAGAUUUGUUUUCUUGAUGUGGGUUUAGUUACUGAAUUAAAUCAUGUGGAUCGAAUUAAUUUCAUUGAUUUAUUCCGAUCAUUAAGUGAAUUUGAUGGAUAUAGAGCAGGAGAAUUAAUGAUUGAACGAUCAAGAACACCAGAUACGGCCAUAAAUAAAGAAAUCUUUGCUUUAAAAGUGGAGAAAUUAGUUGAUAGAAUGAAAGAAAGAACAUUUACAUUAGGUAAUAUUAGUAUUGGAGAUUUAUUAGAUCAAGUUUUAAAUAUGGUUAGAAAUCAUCAUGUUAGAAUGGAAGGAGAUUUCAUUACCGUUAUAGUUGCGAUUUUAUUAUUAGAAGGACUUGGAAGACAAUUAGAUCCUGAAUUAGAUUUAUUUGCAAGUUCAUUACCAGUAUUAAGACAAUUAGGAGUUCUGAAAGAAGGUAGAGAUAUCUUAAGAAAUGAGAAUGCGUCAAGUAUGGUUAAAGUGUGGUUAGCAUUAGAAGUGAGACAAUUUAUCAAUGCUUCUAUUCAAGAUAUUCAUUCCUUAGUUAAAGCAGAUAUGUUAAGUCCUAAUGUAUAG